AUGGCCACGAAUUGUUUAGGUCCGUCCCUCUUCACCCAGCAUCUUCUCCCAUGCCUGAAAGCUGCGACAAAAGACUCCAAACGUGGCGCUGUCCGUGUGGUCUGGACAUAUUCUCAGUUCUCAGAGUUUACGGCCCCCAAAGAUGGGAUUAUCAUGUCUGAACUCGGUACUCACCCGAAAGACCAAGUCAAGGAUUACAAUAAUUCUAAAAUCGGCAACUGGUUCUUGGCUAGUGAACUAGCGAAAAAAGUUGGCGAAUUCGGGAUUCUGAGUGUAUCGCAGAAUCCAGAUAAUUUGAAAACAAAUUUGAUGAGGAAUGCAAAAUCGAUGUAUCAUGCUGCGUGGCCGCUUUUGUAUAAGGCGAAGAUGGGUGCGUAUACAGAGCUUUGGGCGGGAUUGUCGGAGGGCUUGAACAUGGGCAAUUAUGGAGCGUGUGUGAUCCCUUGGGGACGUAUACAUCCGGGUCCAAGAGAGGAUUUGUUGCUUGCUUUGAAGGGUUCUAAUGAAGGAGAAAGUGGGACGGAAUGA